AGCUUUCUCUGUUCAGGUCUGGCUGUCCUGGAACUUGCUCCGUAGACCAAGCUGGCCUCAAACUCAGAGAUCCACUUGUCUCUGCCUCUCUAGUGUUGGGAUUAAAGGCUUGUGCCAUCACCACCCAGUUAUGUAUACAAUUUUAUUUUUGAGAUAGGAUCUUAUGUAGCCCAGGCUAGUCUUUAGCUCCAUGAUACCCCUGCCACCACCUUUCAAGUGCUAAAAUUACAGGAUCAAACCUUGACACCCAGUUGUACUUAUACACUUUUUAUGAGGUGACCCCCAACACCUACCCAGCCAGGCCUAAUAACAGUAAGUUCUCAAAGCAGUAAGAAUGCUUUGUAGUGAGUGUAGCAAAUUCCACAAAAUUGAAACAUGAAGAGAGGAGGCAACUCCUGAAGCUCAGGAAGUAAAAGAAACCAGAAAUCUGAAAUUUACAAGAUUCUCAGUAGCCCCAGUCAAGGUUACUCAAGCCUCACUGCCCAUUCACAGUGAGAUUCACCCGAGGUUAUAUAUGUCCCCACGUUGCCUUCACUCAGGGCCAGAAGUCUCACCUACUGGGCUGCCUGAAAGCCCUGUAGGGACUCCCAGUGAUGCAGAUUUCCUUCACACGUGCUGGGUGGGCUUCUGGUGAUGCAGUUGCCUUUGAAUGGUCUAUGUUCCUAUAAGUAACCCCAGUAAACUCAGUCGUUCAUGAAGCUAGACUUAGGUGGAACAGAUUUUGAGGUGGUUUGUUCAUGUCUCCCCAGGAAGAGUCACAGAAUUUGAGGGUUACUAAAAUCUUUUUUUUUUAUAUUUGGUUUCAUAAACUCAAUGAUCCUCAAAUCUGUCCAUAAGAUUUGUAAGAGUGUAAGUAAGCAUGGAUAAACCUGAACAGAAAUUCUGAUGCUGACAAGAAUAAGCAAAAUCAGCACACAUGUAAGUUUUCAGUCAGAGCUGUAUUGAAGGCUGAGACUUCUAGCUGGAGGAGAAACAGACACAUAGCCCCCAGGGCGGUGCUUUACAGGGCUCCAGAGAAACACUCCCAUUUAAAAAAGUUCAUCACUCAGGGAAAAACAAAAUCAGUAAAGAACUUUCUUUGAAAAAAAAAAAAAAAGGCUCUGUAUGGGCUGUAGUUAUGUGGGAGAGACAGGAAGGCUGAAACUAACAGAAAGUCCUGUUUCCAGUCUGAUUAUAAAGAUACAUGCUGAAAGGAAAAGUAUUGGCUCAGGACACCCCAAGGCCCAGUUCUCCUGCAAAGGAGAUUUAUUUGACCCAGAAGGAUAGGAAGUGAGAGUCAAACACAGGAGACAGAGACUGAGGGAGAAGGGCAAGGAACAAAGGAGAGAGGGAAGGGUUAUUUGUCCUGGAAUAGAAAAAAAGGGCUGCCUCUGGAUAGAGGUGACAGUUGUGGCACAUAGGAAAGUUGUGUUUUAUAAAGAUACAAGGGGGAAUCCCCUGUGUUAGGAUGAAAUGUUUAAUUUUAAUUGUGCAUGUUAAUUAGGUGAGCCAAAGGGGGCUUUUGAUUGCUGGAUUUCAAUUCUUUGAUAGCUGGACCUUGGUAGUCAGCCUCAGGAGGAGGAAGUGGCCAAAUAGGGGAACAGACCUUGAUAUCUUGAUAGGGGCGUAAUCUAAUGGUUUUUAGCAAGGCAGAGGGAAUAGGGAAGGAGGGCAAGGCCUUGGUGAGACUUGCUCACCAAGCUCAAGCUGGCCGAGUCCCUUCACAUAUGCCCCCAAACGGUUAAGAGUACAAAAUGAGGAAGGCAAAAAAAGCUGUAAUGCUAAGGACAAAAAUCUCAGAAACAACCCAAGCAGCAGCAGGAAUGUUUGUCUGUGUGCUUAUCUGGACAUCUUUGUCUUUUGCUCCCUCUGGAAAGCUGUGUGUGAACUCCAUGUAGAUGAAAUCUACUUUUGUGAACAAGGGUUUCUCUGUAUAGCUCACCCACUUCCUCCUCUGUACAGUCACCCCGGGAUGUCAGCCACUAUCUAUGGUAGUCUUUCUGGACCAGCUGCUUCUUCAUUCAAGCUACCAAAAGCAUUCCUAAUGACAUCUUCAGGAUUUGUUGCCAGGUGACAUCUCACCAAAUAUACUGAGGAACACGGUGACACUGAUGGAGCCUGACACCUAGUUCAGUGUGGCAUCCAGGUAUCCACCAACUGGAUUUCUUCCCAGUGAGGCAAAUAGACCAUGAAAUUCUCAAUUCUUCCUUGUUCAGGAAGCCAAUCUGGUUCUAAUCAAUGUCUUUUUUAAAUCCCCAAGGUAGGGUUUCUGAGCAUCGCUUUGUUGCUGUCAUUGUUUCCAGACAGGGUUUCUCUGUGUAGCCCUGGCUGUCCUGGAACUCACUCUGUAGACUAGGCUGGCAUCGAACUCAGAGAUCCUCCUGCCUCUGCCUCGGGAUUAAAGGCAUGCGCCACUACUGCCCAGCCUAAUUGAUCAUGUUAAAGGUCUCUUUUGCCUCCUGGAUCUGUGAUUGGUCCUGUGGGACCUGAAGAGCAUCUGGUGGAGUGACUGUGAGAGCACUGAGACCCUGACGAGUUGAGGGUGGGGACUUGGACGUUAGUUCAGUGUCUUGAAGUUGAAGCUUUGCCUGACUGGGACGCUAUGGCUGAAGGGUCAUGCAUGGAUAUAACAAACGGUAGGGAACGAAAUAUUGAAUCAAGCUGUUGCCAGAGCAACAGAAUGGGGUGGGGUCGAGGCACCGCGACCAAGUUCUGUCUCCAUAGAGGAUGCGCAAGCUGGACAUCAACAUUCCUAGAGGUACACAUCAUUAUGCGAAAGCUGUGGUCUGGAGGGAGCGCUCAAAUACAGAUUGGCCACGGUGCUCUCUGAUCCUUAAUCCUGCCUGCUCUGAAACUUCAUAAACUGAAGACACAUCUCUCUGAACCUAGGGGUGUAGUUCUUCAGAAUUUUCGGGUUAAGAGGGGGGGAGUAACUGAGUUAGGGGAGCGGGUGGAGCACGGUGCUCUCAUGAGUCCAGUUGGCCUGGGCCUCAAGCCAUGGCGCCCAAGAAGAAGCGCGGACAAAACGCCGGGCGCAAGCAGGAAAGUGCGGAGCCACCGCUCUCGGAACACGCGCAGUACUUACAGCGCGAGUAUGUGCUGCUCUCAGAGAGCCUGGUGGCCUGUGAGCAGCGGAUAGACCAGGUCCUGCAGAACAACGCGUUCCUGAACGGCGAGGCGCAGCGCUUACGCGAAGAGAACCGGCUUUUUGCCAGUUAUGUGAGCACGCACGCCCUGCGCUGCGCCAACGCCGUGGUGCGCCUCGAGGACCAGAACCGCAUAGACCUGGCGCAGAUCCGGUGGCAGCGAGCCGAGCUGGCAUCCUUCUACCACGGCCGUGAGGACGGGGUGCGCGCACAGCUGCAGGAGAUGAAGAAGCGCGCGGAAGACAUGACGCAGCAGGUGCAGGAGCUUCAGCCUUACAAGGAGCUGCAGCUGGAGCAGCUGGCGCGAAUCCGGACCCUGGAGCGCGAGCUGCUGCACAUGCGCGUGGAGCACACGCAGCUUCUCCACCGGGUGAAGCAACGCUUCCUGGAUGACAAAUCGGCUUUGGAGCGGGAGGCACGCCUGCACGUGCAGUCCAUGACGCGCCGCGCAGAGCGGGAGGCAGCGCGUUCCCUCAUUUCCCACGCACAUGCCCUCAAGGCAGACAAUGGGCGUCUCCGACAAGAACUCAUGAGGCUUCUCCAGAGGACCCAGCUACUGCAGGACAUGCGACAGCAGCUGCUAGAGCAGCGGGAGCAGCUGCGCCGGGAGCACGUGGACACCCAGAACCUGGAGCAAAUGCACGGCUGGUUGCACAGGGGCCCCGGGGGGCCACCACUCUGGCAGCCACCUCAAAGCCACCAGCCCAACUUGCGCAUCGGGUCAAUUGCCACCGCGCUGGACUCAACCUAUCACAUUUUAAGAGCCCAGGCUACGCCCCAAUCAGUUCCGGGCUCCCGGAUCCCAUCGGUAGAUCAGUCACACCGAGCCUCCAAGACUCCAUCUAUAUUAUCCAGUGAGUCUUUUCCCGCCCGGUCUCGGAAGGCUGAGUCUGUGAUUGCUCCCCGGAGUCCAUCACGUCCAGGAUCUCGAGUCUCAUCUCUGACUCCAUCACGCAGGGGCUCGCGGGUCUCAUCCACGACCCAGUCACGCAAGGGCUCCAGGGUUCCAUCCAUGACCUCAGGUACCUUGCGGUCGCGUGAGGGCUCUCGGAUCUCUCCACAGCCCUCCUUGCGUGAGGUCUCUCCAGAAAUUGACACACCUUCAAAGUCCAGCUCCAAGCUUCUCUCUGUUGUGUCGGAAGAUCAGGUCCCUCUCAGCCCACAGUUGGAGGAGACAGAAAGCAUUGAAGAGGGCACAGAAACUGUCUUGGAGCAAGCCUGAACACACACGAGGGGGCAGGCCAGUAGGGC